GUUCUUCUGCAAGAAUGUCCGCAAAUAUUAUUGUGGGAACAGGGUGAGCGGAUGUAAUGCACAAUCGGUACAAAGUUCAAUAAAAACGAAUAACUCGAAUGAAUAAAAAUAACAGGAUGGUCACGGUUUCUGAGUUCGUUUCUACUACAGGUGUGUUUAGGGUGUAGCUCAGAGUGAACUAAGUUUAUUGUGUACAAAGACAGUUUAUUAUAAGAAAAUCCAUCAUGAACAACAGCAAAAUCGACAAAGGAAUUAUCACAUAUAUUUAUUUAGAAAAUUUUGUAACCUACUCUAAAGUAGCUAUAAAGCCUGGCAAGUAUCUGAAUGUAAUUAUUGGACCUAAUGGCACUGGAAAGUCAACAAUUGUUUGUGCCAUUGUUCUUGGCUUGGCAGGAAAACCAAGCACAAUUGGUCGUGCCGUUCAUGUUGCUGACUAUAUAAAAGCUGGUUGUCAAGAGGCAAAAAUUGAGAUCCAUCUCAAAAAUGGAAAGAAUAGUGAUGUUAUUAUUACCAGGUUAUUUAAUAUGCAAGGAAAGUCUUCCUGGUUCCUCGAUGGAAAGCAAUCAAACAUUAAAGAAGUACAAGACUUAACAAGAAGCUUCGAUAUCCAGAUGGAUAAUCUUUGCCAGUUUCUUCCUCAAGACAAAGUGCAAGACUUUUCAAAGAUGAAUGCACAAGAGCUGUUAGAAAAUACUGAGAGAUCGGUUGGUGAUCCUGUGAUUUUAGAGCGCCACAAGAAGUUGAUACAAUAUAGGAUAGAUCACAAAAAUUUUGAAUCGGAAAUGGCAAGCAAGAAAAAAUUACUAGAGUCAAAGACACAAAGAUACGAAGGUUUGAAAGAAUCUGUUAGUGGUAUAAAAGAAAGGAAAAUGAUAAAGAAAAAGAUAGUAUCUCUAAAACAAAAAAAAGCAUGGUUGUUAUACGAUCAAAAACGUAGAGAACUGCUUAAGUUGAAAAAUAACAGGGAAAAAGCUGCAGCACAAGUAACAACUUUGGAAUCAGAAAUGAAACCAACGAUGGAUUUAAUAGAGAAACUUAGAUCAGAAAUAAAAACACUUCAGAAUUCCAUGGCCAAUCAUAACAAUAAAUUCAGUAUUAAAACCACGAAACUCAAAAAAGUGAUGGAUAAUAUUGUAAAAUAUGAAAAUAUGAUCAAGGAUUGUGAAGUUACUUGCAGACACAGGGUACAAACUGAAGAAGCACGAGACCAUGACAUUGAGAUUGAACAGCAACAAAAAAAUAAGCUGGACAGUGAUUUGACUCUGAUAUUGGAGGAUAUUGGACCAGAGGAGACUGUCAAAAGACAACGAGAAGAAGCCUUAUUGAAUGUAGAGGAACAAAGGAACCAAAUUAGCAUUCUAACAAAUAAAGAUUCAGAUUUGAAGCGGGAAGAAGAGCGUAUCAACCUUGGAAUCAGAGCUCAAGAGACAGAACUGCAACUCCUUAAUAUUGAUGCUAGACGACUCCAGCUUUUAAGAGAAAGAAGUAUCGACACGUACAAGGCGGUUCAGUGGCUAAGAGAGAAUCGUGAUAAAUUCUCUGGAACAGUAUACGAACCGAUAUUUCUUAACAUAAAUGUGAACAACGCAUUUUAUGCUAAAUAUUUGGAAGGCAUCAUACCAUUCCGUGACCUGAUCGCGUUUGUUUGUGAGGAUAAACAAGAUAUGAAUUUGUUGUUACAUUAUUUACGAGAUGAACAGAAACUGCAGGUGAAUGCUGCACAUUCUGACCCCGCAAAACACGUUUCGAUGACACCGCAUGUACCUUUGGCGAAUAUCACACAAUAUGGUUUCACUCAUUAUCUGGCAUCACUAAUCGAAGCUCCAAGCACGAUCAUGAAAUAUUUAGUAUCUAUGCAUAAUUUAAACAACAUCCCGGUAGGAACUAAUCUUGUUGAUGAUAACAUUGAUCAUAUACCUCAUAACAUUCGUUGUUACUUUAGUCAAUCGAAUGUGUAUUCGGUGAAUAGGUCUAAAUACACGGGACAAAAGUCUAUUGGAAUGCAACCAGUGCACGGCUCUGGAAUGUUAUCAAUUGUACUGGAUAAACCAAAGUUACUGAAAAUUGAAGAAAAAUUGAAAAUGCUGCAAGAAAACAGAAGCGAGAUUCACAAGAAAAUAAGUCAAAUUCAAGACCAGAUUUGUAAGCAUAAUACAGAAUUGGAUAAACACAGAGCCAAUAGAAACAAACAUCAACAAAGUCUACAGCAAAUACAAACUUUGAAGACUCGAAUAUCUAUGGCGGAAAAGAAGAUUGUGAGUUUGCAAAACGAACGGACCAGUAUCGACCAAAUUAAGGAAUCUACCACGAACGAAAUAAAGACGCUUUUAAACAAACAACUGCAAACUUAUAAAACAUAUAAUGCUGAAUUAGAGGAAUGUUUCAAGUCCAUCACAGCGAGCGAGCAGACCGAAUUGGCGAUAAAGCUACAAAAUCGUACCUUAACUAUGAAAGUAAACGAAUCCCAGGAUCAGAGGGACAACCUUAAAGAAGCGCAAGAAAAUGUGAGACAGCUGGGUAUAGAAAUGCAGCCCAUGAAGAAUGAAGUGCAAAAAAUGUACAAAGAAGCAUUAGAAACUACUAAUAACAUUAGUCCAUCUGAUGACGCGUUUGCGCCGAUAAACAGAAUUUUCAGUAAAUUACCGCCGACUAUAGAGGAGAUUAAUAACGAACUAAACAUAGCACAAGCGAAAGUCUUUUGUAUGGGAAACAAUAUGGAUGGAGAGAAUGUAUUGCACGAAUACGAAACCGUAGAAAAAGAAAUCAACUAUUUGAAAGAGUUUAUUCAAACCAAGACACACGAGAUGGAAGUAAUGUCGAACCAAAUAGAGAAAUUGCGAGAGGAAUGGCUGACUCUGUUGUCGAAAAUUGUGGACAAAAUCAACUCGAACUUCAGCACGUACUUCUCAGCAAUGAACUGCGCCGGUGAAGUCGUAUUAGCAGCCGCAGAAAACAGCAUGGACUUCGAUCAAUAUGGCCUGAAAAUCCGAGUGAAAUUCAGAGACAUGGACCAGUUGCAAGAACUGACGAGACACCAUCAAAGUGGAGGCGAAAGAGCUGUGACCACUGCCAUUUACAUGAUUUCACUUCAAGAACUUUCAAGAGUACCUUUCCGAUGUGUAGACGAAAUUAAUCAGGGUAUGGACGCAUUGAACGAACGACGAGUGUUCAAUCUACUUGUGCAGAUGACUGGGAGACCGAAUAGCUCUCAAUAUUUCUUACUCACUCCAAAACUGCUACCUGAUCUACGGUAUUCAGACACUGUAACAGUGCACUGCGUGUUUAAUGGGCCAUUCAUGAUCAGCCACAGUGAAUUUGAUACUCAAGAGUACUGUGAUUUCGUUGUUAGAACAAUGGAGAAAGAAGAUGAUUAGACGAUGAAAUUGUACAUGAAGAUUAUCCAGUGCCAUGUGUGUACCACAGUAUUAUAUAUUGACUAUGUAAGACAUAUAUUUUUGCAUACCAUUUAUAAUUUCAUCGAUUCUAUGAAAAUAUAAAUAUUUUUGUCAGUA